GGCGCGGCCAAAGUUUAUAAAAGUAGUUGCGUCAGGCGCACGCCUCUCAUUCCGUUGUCAACCUCACGCGCGCGCGGACCUGCAUCAUGGGGAAAGACGAGCUUAUCAAAAACGUUCUCUAUGUUAUGAACAUUAUUUACGCGGUGUUCGGACUCGUCACCGCCGCCACUGGGAUCUGGUUCUUUGUGCAACUGACCGAGUUCGUCGGCCUCCGGAACAGCAAUCACUACCUACUAGACUACAGGAUCUACUGGCCCCAGGUCGCACCAUGGCUGUUCAUCCUACUCGGAAUAUUCAUCAUCAUGAUCUCCUUCUGUGGAUGGUGCGGUGCCAACCGGGAGAGCCGAGGAAUGCUCGGCCUAUACGGGCUCUUCCUCAUACUGAUCGUCGUGAUGCAGCUGAUCGCCGCCACCCUCAUCUUCGUGUACGUUGAUGGAGAAGACACGGACCGAUUCAUCAAGGAUACAGUGUACGAUGGCUACUACAACUCGCAGUCCAACCCUGAUGUGUUCAAAGCUUUCGGCAAGAUCGAGCGCAAGCUGCGGUGCUGUGGCGCCAACGACGCGCGCGACUACAGGAGCUGGAGGAACGACCUGCCGCUGACGUGCUGCCUCGACAGUUACUAUCGUGCUACUUGUGAAUUCACCGACAAGGAGGCGAACGAACGUCUCGGUUGUGCUAAAGUGGCUUCAGUGUACACCAAGAUCAUCAGCUCCUCGGUGGCGGGAGCCUCGCUGCUCAUCUCAUUAGUGGAGAUAUGUGGGAUAGUGCUGGCGUGGAAGCUGUUCCACUCGCUGCGGGAGGUGGAGCAUUACAUCACGGAGCGCAAGGAGGGUGAAACGGAGUGCUAGUUCAGUGCCACAGUAUUAUAUCGAUACCGCCGACCGAUGCCGCUACGGCAGAGACUCGCCACGACUCCGACGUUCGCAGGAGUAACUUUCCCUUUCUAAGUUUUCUAUCUUGCAUGGUGUCUCUUUACUUCUGAAUGAAGUUCGUUUCCUUGUCGAAAGGAAAGCCCGAAACCUUUGUUCUCUUAGAUCUGAUAUAAUUACAUUCCACGGUUAGUGUUAAUUCGCUUUAAUUAAGCAAUCUCAUAAUGUAAUCGGUGGAGUCUCGCUCCGCCACGCCUUAGGUCAAGCCGUGCAUUAACGGCAUUACGAGUGAGUGGGCCCCGAGCCUAAUCAGUCGCUUCCUCCUUAGCUCGACGGGUACCUGCCGCGAGCAGGGCCUCAGACGGACCUCAAAUUGUACCUAAGACCUGGUGAAUCUGUCGGCCUCACCCCACCAAGUGUCUUCGACACACACGAUUAACAUAGUUAGGUAUACAUAGCUCGGUUUGUAAGUUUCGUAAGUUAUAUUUCGCGUUAAUAGGCGUCCAUGGACGAGUGGAGAUUGUGAAGCGAUACAAGGCCGUCUAUGAGAAAAAUGUGACCUCAGAUUGGGCAGUGGGCUGUGUGAGGAGUAGCGUCGCUGUGUGCCACAUUCGGUGAUUGUGUAAGUGUGCGAGGUGUGGCAUAAUGGUGGUCGUGUUGUCGCUCGCGUUUCUAAGUUUAUUCAGCUCGGUCCAUCGAAAUAUGCAAAUUUUUACGCAAGACCUUAUUGUGAGUGGAUAAAGUAUGCUCAGCAGAACUCAUGGUAAUUUAUAACGAUUACGACAUGUUUGGGUUUCACAACAUUAGCUAGUAGACGCGGCGCGUGUCGCUUUAGGUGCAGUAUUUGUAGUAACAUGUGCCAAGUGUUGGUAUUUUAAACUCGCGAUAAUAAUCACAAUAAAGGAGAAUUAU